GGUUCUGAGAGCGGACUCUACACCAUCCAAUGCUGUCGUGGACUCACCAUUGACCUACUUAACAAACUCUCUGCAGAUUUGGAGUUUGAAUUCACCUUGUAUAUUGUCCAAGACGAAACAUACGGCCAGCGAUCCCCCAACGGUACAUGGACGGGUAUGAUGAGAGAUCUUACGGAUAACACGGCUCAUUUUGCUGUGGCAGCUUUUUCCAUCACUAGUCAAAGGGACUCGGCCAUAGAUUUUACAGAUCCUUACUUCUUCUCGGGAUUCUCCAUUAUUUACUCUGAUCGAACAAGGGAAACAAGUAUGUUGGCUUUUCUGGAACCCUUCUCUACAGAAGUAUGGUUUGCAAUCCUCGUUUCUGCACAGAUUACCGCUGUGUGCAUGGCCCUGUUGGAAUGGAACUCGCCAUUUGGAUUAAACCCUUGGGGAAGAGCGCGAACGAAGAACUAUUCCUUGGCGUCUGGAAUAACUAUGGUAUUCUCAGUUCUGUUUGGUCACACUGUGAGAACUAAAUCACCCAAAGCUUGGCCUUCA